UAACGCGCACCUGCUACACCAACACGCGGCGUGUCACUGUGACAGCUGUGACGGUAAACCCUGAAACUAUUAUCACACUACGCAAAGUUACUUUGUCGAACUCGGCGAAUCACUGAGUUAAACCGACCCUCUUAUCUCAAAGCAAAAGCGCAAAACCCCGGAGGUGAUCAUGUCCGCGAGAGAGUUAGAGAAAACAGCUGAUGAGAGCGCUGAUGACGAGACCGACUGGCUUUAUGGAGAUAACAGUUUUGAGGAAGAAGAAACAACAGAAAAGGAAGUGUUCAGUGCUCUGAUUGGCGAUGUUGAUGGUCUGAAUGGACUUAAUUACCAGGAAAGUGAAUCAGACAGUGAUGAUGAUGUCUGUGUGACCAUUGGUGACAUUAAAACAGGCGGAUCUCAAGGCUCGUCAUUUGGUUCCAGUUCCAUCAGUCUGAACAUAAAGACCUCUGUAUCAGGCUCCAAGUCCAGAGGGCUGGAUCUGGAUGCUGAAGGCAAUGUCCUGCAGGUGGAUGUGGAGUCCUUUGAGGAGAAGCCAUGGAGGAAGCCAGGUGCGGAUCUAUCUGACUACUUUAACUAUGGUUUUAAUGAGGACACCUGGAAGGCAUACUGUGAUAAACAGAGACGACUACGCAUGAGCCUGGAGAUUCUGAGCCUGGGGUCAUCAAACAAAAUAAUGGUUCAUCAGAGUUCUAGUAGUGAUCUGUCAGAGCCCCCAUCCAGGAAGUCAAGUGGUUCGAUCAAUGUUAUCGGAGGACAAGCAGGGACCAUCAGUCGAGUGGAAGGCAGAAGACGUCACAGCGCUGAUGAAAAUAACAUCCAGGUCGUGUCGGAGCAGUCCUCGGAUGCAGAGCUAUCGUCCCCAAAGCUGUUGCCCUUCUUUCCUCCCAAUAUCCCACCUCCGCCUUUCCCUCCUCCCUCCAUCAGCACCACACCACCCCUCAUACCACCACCACCCGGUUUCCCAUUACCUCCCGGGGCCCCUCCACCUAUGAUACCACCAUUAGAUAGGUUGGUGUCAUAUAGAAACUGGAGAGAGAGACAGAGGAGAUGUAGCAGACAGAGAAAGCAAGAACAUAGGAUGGCACUACACAAGCAAAAGAAGGAGAAAAAGAAAGACAGAGAAAGGAAGGGAGAGAGAAAGAGCAGUGGACGUUUGGUGGGAGGCUAUGAUCGACGCUCAGCUACACCUUACCCCUUCUCUGCAGGUGUGUAUUCACCUGCAGUGAGCAUGGCUUCAUGGUCAAGUGUGAUAGACAGUGGCAAAGCGUGGGAAAACUACACCCGUCAUGACAAAGAAAGGGUGCGAGAGAAAACCAGAGAAAGAGGACACAGGAAAGAGCGAGAGCGGGAGAGAGAGCGGUAUAGAGAAACAGACCGAGAUCACAGUCCCUCCUCCCAAGACCACAGAAGUGAGGAGGAACGUGUGUCUCGACACAGGGAUCACAGUCAUUACGGAAGCGAGAGGUACAGAGAAAGCUCGGGAAGAGAAGGAGUAAGAGACAGACAUCGAGAAAGAAGACACAGAGACAGGAAUGAACAACACAGAUCCUCACGCAGUGGCAGCAGUAGGAGGCGUCAUGAUAGUGAUGACGCAGAUAGCCACAGGAGACACAGGCACAAACGCUCUAGACACAACCGAGAAAGCCUUGAGCCCAGCGAGGAGUGCAGUGUGGACCAGGAGAACCAGUCAGAGGCCACAGAAUAACUCCCUAGCCAGCUGGAAACCUGGAAACAGGAAACCCACACCCUCCACUUCCUGUGCCUUUCCUAAACUCUCUUGCUGUCUCCCAGCAGUGACUGAGCACCCAGUCCAGGUGCAGAUCCAGCCCUGAGCUCAGGUGCUGAGCAUGGAAAAGGACUCUGCCAACUCUCUGUCUAGGAUGCGGCUAAAGUGUCGAAUUAGCAACACCGUUUUUGCUCUGCCUGCUCCUCAUCAUCAUUAACCUGAUGAUGAAGGCGAGAGGACGCAGAACAACUGCAGAGCAACUGCAGGACAGACACUUCGGCGAGAGCGUGCGACAAUCUGUUGAACUCUUGCUCUCUGGGGAAAGCGCUCAGAAGGAGUAUUUGACUCUGCAGAGGAGAAUGUGGCAGUCACAUGUAGGUCAUCCUUUUCAUUUGUCUGAAGAGCGCUUUGAUUUUGCAGGCUCGAACCAGUUAAAGGCGCACGUGUGUGUGUGAAAGCUGAAAUUAAAACUUAAUGAGUAAUUACAAGGAAGGAAAGCUGACAAGGAGUAAUUUGGAGAUAACCAGCUAUCUUUGAAAUCUAUUAUUAAUUCUUGAGAAUAAAACUUUGGUUCUGUCUGUUGUAAGCUGUACCACAAUUCAUUAUUCAUUCAGUAGAUGGGUUAUUUCAUUAAUCCAUCCCUUUUUUUGGUGUAAUUUUAAAGGGUUAGUUCACCCAAAAAUGAAAAUUCUGUUAUUAAUUACUCACCCUGAUGUCCCUCCAAAGCUGUAAAACCUUCGUUCAUCUUCAGAACACAAAUUAAGAUAUUUUUGAUGAAAUCCGAGAGCUUUCUCAAUCUGCAUAGACAGCAACACAACUGACAAGUUCAAAGCUCAGAAAGGUACUA